CACGGGGAGGCAGAAGGGUCCUCGCCCAUUUCAGGAAUCUGCAGCCUGGAGGCCACAGCCAUGGCAGGCCCCCGAUACCCAGUUUCAGUGCAAGGGGCAGCCCUGGUGCAGAUCAAGAGGCUCCAAACGUUUGCCUUCUCUGUGCGCUGGUCAGACGGCAGCGACACCUUCGUGCGCAGGAGUUGGGACGAAUUCAGGCGGCUCAAGAAGACCCUCAAGGAGACCUUCCCGGUGGAGGCGGGCCUGCUGCGGAGAUCUGACCGCGUUCUCCCAAAGCUUCUCGGUCAGGCCAGCCUGGAUGCACCACUGUUGGGACGCGUGGGGCGCACGAGCCGCGGCCUGGCGCGCCUGCAGCUGCUGGAAACCUAUUCUCGGAGGCUGCUGGCGACUGCAGAGCGCGUGGCACGGAGCCCGGCGAUCACUGGCUUCUUCGCACCGCAACCCCUGGACCUGGAGCCCGCGCUGCCACCCGGCAGCCGGGUGAUCCUGCCCACCCCAGAGGAGCCGCCUCUUUCUCGCGCUGCGGGCCGCCUCUCCAUCCACAGUCUGGAGGCUCAGAGCCUGCGCUGCCUGCAGCCCUUCUGUACCCAGGACACGCGGGAUCGGCCUUUUCAGGCGCAGGCCCAGGAGAGCCUGGACGUGCUGCUGCGGCAUCCCUCAGGUUGGUGGCUGGUGGAGAACGAAGACCAGCAGACCGCCUGGUUUCCAGCGCCCUACCUGGAGGAGGCGGCCCCGGGCCAGGGCCGGGAGGGAGGCCCGUCCCUAGGGAGCAGCGGUCCCCAGUUCUGUGCUUCCCGCGCCUACGAGAGCAGCCGCGCAGAUGAGCUGUCCGUGCCCGCGGGGGCGCGCGUGCGCGUGCUGGAAACGUCAGACCGCGGCUGGUGGCUAUGCAGGUACGGCGACCGGGCGGGCCUACUCCCCGCGGUGCUGCUGCGGCCGGAAGGGCUGGGCGCUCUCCUGAGCGGGGCGGGGUUCCGUGGAGGAGACGACCCGGCGGGUGAGGCCCGGGGCUUCCCUGAACCCUCCCAGGCCACCGCCCCUCCCCCCACCGUGCCCACCCGACCUUCGCCGGGCGCCAUCCAGAGCCGCUGCUGCACCGUCACACGCAGGGCCCUGGAGCGGCGCCCACGGCGCCAGGGCCGCUCUCGAGGGUGCGUGGACUCUGUGCCGCACCCCACGACGGAGCAGUGA